AAAAUCGCGGUACUUCAUCAGCCUCCUGGAACUGGAAAGAUGCUUAUGGCUGAAGCUGUCACUGAACACCUUGAGAGGCCUUUGUACAUCGUUGGCUUUCCAGAAUUGUUGACAGUGCCUUCACAACUGGAGUCUGAGCUGUCAGAGAUACUGAAUUUAGCUACCAUAUGGGGUGCCACAGUUCUAUUCGACGGAGGUGAUGUG